GGAGCCACAGUGAGGAGAGAUUUGUGACAUUCCCUGGAGCUUCUCCUAUAAGCACUUGCUCGGUGUUACAUGUACCCUCUUCGAUAUGGAAUCGAAAGGAGUUUCCCAUUCGGGCAUUUGUUGAUUCGGGUUCAGCAGUCUCCAGACUCCUGCACUUGAAUUCGCUAGUGCCCCCCACAGUACGAAUGAACCAAGAAAAACUAACUCAGCAAGAUUCAAUGUGUGAUCUGAUCUGGCAAAGCAGAAGGCCACAAUCAGCAGGCAUGAGCAGCAGCUACAGGAAAUGAACAUUGCUCUCUCUGCCAUCAAGGAAAAUCUAACAGCCAAGGAAUCAGUGCUGCUGGAGUCAUGGAUUCUGACCAGGAGAUGAGGAGGACUGCUCAGCCAGUGGAUCUGUGGAUGUUUUAUCCAAGUUUACAAGCAAUUAAGAUUCCUUCGGAACAGGUAAAAUUGUUUGACGAAAGAAACAUGAUGCUGGUUUCAGUUUUGGUGGUGACUGCACUGCUUGUCAGUGAUAUGAUAUGGACACACAAUUCCUUGGAACUGGAGAGGACUCAGCAUCACCUUGAAAAGCGUGAGCUAUCCAGAGGACCCUGUGAUGAAAACUGGUUUAAUUAUUCUCUUUUAAACUCCUGUUACCGGUUUUUCAGUGAAGAAAAGACAUGGGAAGAAGCUCAGGAUUUCUGUAAUCAAGACCAUUGUUGCGGACAGCUGGCUUCUGUGUAUUCAGCCGAACAUAACAUUUUCAUUUCUAAUAUGAUCAAAUUCGUGAACCAAAGCAGGCCAAAGGCUUGGAUUGGCCUGAAUGACAUUUGCAAGGAGGAACAUUUCACGUGGAUUGAUGGAUCUUUGUACAGUUAUAGAAUGUGGGGUAACAAUGAACCUAAUAAUGAUAGAGGCAAAGAAGACUGUGUGAACAUUCAUCAUUUCCGUGACUCAGCUUGGAAUGAUGUGCCCUGUCACAUGAAAUAUGGUUUUGUUUGUUCUUACAAACUGUAUUGAAUUUAGAAAACUCCAGAUCCAUCUACUCAUCAUUUCCAGCGGUGGAUUCGGUGCUCAGAUUUCUU